GCCGGUCAGAUACAUGCUGUGGUAGGUUUCCACUAGGGGAUUCUAGUGCAGAAACUAUCUGCCUAACUAAUGAGUGGAUCAGAACCUGUUGAUGACAGAGCAGACACUAGAAGAUUAACACGUGCACAGGCACUAAGGGUACCGCACGUGUUCAGGACCUUGGACGAGGAAGAAUUAAGACAACUUCGCGUCGAACGCAGAGCCCGUGCUCUCGCAGCAUCGAGAGCAACAGCAAACGCCGCAGCUAGGGAACAGGCUGCCGCAGCAGCUAGGGCAGCAGCCAUGACUAGCUCACCAGCAUCCUCUGCGGCUUUGUCAGGGACUAAUGGGAUGAGUGCGGGAAUGCCAACUAGUUCCACGAGUUCCUCGGGCACUUCCGGAUCCACAGGUUCUAGAGGAUCUUUUAGUCAAACGGCAGGCUCGCAGUUCAGCCCCAUGACCGCACGAGAGCAGGAGCUCAAAGAGAUCCAACAGGUCGAGAGGCUCCGCCAGCAGUUAGAGGAGGAUCUGAAGAACGCAACCGAUAGAGAAAAAAAGAUAAAAAGUAGAGCAGCCAGACUUGAUACGUUAGAGGCUGACAAGGUUGCGUUAGAGGGAUUGGACGAAUCAAGUUUGUCUGACCCCCUGAAAGUGUUGAGGGACAUGUUGUCACUGCAUGCGCAUGUGGACAGCAGGAUGGACUUCAUGCAAAGCACUUUGGACCAGAUCCUGGAUGCAUUGACAAAGCCAGGAUUCCGGCCACCAGCACAAUCGCCAUUGCCGUUAACGGCGAUGUCAGGGCCCUUUGCCGUACAAGCUGGCACACAGCCAAGUGAUACGUCUGCAGCAGCAGCACAGACUGUUGCAUCUUCUUCUUCGGGUCCAGUGGUGAUUGCUACAUCACCACAACAACMUGUUCAGCAAUCUGGACAGCAGCAAGGUCAAUGGUACCCCAAGACCCCAAUGAAACCGCCUCUUGCCUUCUCAGGCGAGAGAAAGGACGAGGAACUCAACACAUGGUUGAGGACGGUCCCGGUUUGGGUGAAGGCCAAAAAGACCUUGCCAGAGGAUGAGGUGGUAACUGCCGCAUCUUACCUAGAGGGUAAAGCAGCCAAAUGGUUAGAUUGGGUAGUUGUGAAAGCCGGGUACGGGCGACGCAUGGCAGAUUGGGCUAAGUCUUUGACUCUAGACCAAUUCAUGGAGAUGGUAGAAGCUCGAUGGCAUAACCCACAGGAGGCUCAAACGGCCACUGAUGCCAUUAACAAACUUGACCAACGCAAGUUCAGGUCAGUUAGGGAGCUUACGACUACCGUCGAGAGCCUGAUCCUCGUUCCAGGCAUCAACUACAGUGAUCAGUUCCUCUUGACCACGUUUGUUAGAUGUCUACCUGAGAACAUGAGGAACUUACUAGCCAGUGAGGCACGCACUGAGUACCACUCAUUUGAGACAUUGUCUAGGAAAGCCUUAGACUUAGAGGCCACGCUAGGCAAUGCUCAACCCACCUCAGGAAAUGACUCAAAGAAGAAGAAGAGUCCUCAAGAAUGGAAGAAGAAGGGGGCAAAGUUGAUGAUGGUUGAGUCUGAUGGGACUCAAACUGAGAUCGAUGAGCUCUCUGACCUGAUGGACUACUCAGAGUAUGACGGCGAGGAGGUAGCUGAGGGUAGCACCCUCGCCGCAGUAGUAAAGACUAAGGCAGGUGGCCGAGGGAAGGGCCAACCUAGGAGUCAAGGGAAGGCCGCCUCCAAGCAGUCCAAACAGGCUGAGUGGGUCAAGGCAGGUCUUGACCAGGACGUGUGGCAUGACCGCCGAUCGCGUGAUGAAGUGGGAAUGAUACCCUCCUCACUUCAUGACAAGGCCGAAGCUAAUGACUCCUUAGCUACCCCGCAGACGCAUCUAGACCAAACUAUGCUCUGUACGGUAGAUGUGUCUGAGGCCUUAGAAGACUUAGAAGGCGAGUGGUCAAACAAGGACCCUCGUGAGUCUUGGGCGGCGCUAAAGAAGGGUCCUAGAGGGGAACAAUUCGCUGUGGAAGUGGAUAUAGGAGGCCGCAAAUGUGGUGCCUUCAUGGACACAGGCUCCAUGCGAAAUUACAUAAGUCGCGACUGUUUGGAAAGACUGCACCUACAGGACCGGGGGAUUAGGCCGGAAGAUGCGAAGGUGGCUAGUAUUCGAGACUGGCCACGACCUCAAACUGUCACUGAGGUCAGAUCAUUCUUAGGAAUGUGCGGCUACUAUAGGAACUUCGUAAAGAACUAUUCUACAGUCGCCUCUCCUUUGACUGAUCUAACUCGACUUGACACCCCGUGGGACUGGAGUGACGAGUGCGAAGGUGCUUUCAAGAGAUUGAAGCAUGCACUCGUGAAUCGUGAAGUUCUCAUGGUUCCCGAUCCGCAAAAGCCAUUCAUAGUGACCACUGACGCAAGCCAAUACGACUUUGGCGCAGUGCUGGCUCAGCAGGAUGGGAAAAAGUUGAGACCGAUUGAGUACAUGAGUAAGAGAAUGCCAUCAAAGAAAAUGGCUAAGUCCACCUACGAAAGGGAACUCUAUGCUCUCUACAAGGCACUUGUCCAUUGGAGACACUUCCUUUUGGGAAGAUUCUUCUAUCUGAGGACUGAUCAUCAGACCUUCAAAUGGAUCAAGACUCAACCGGCUCUUUCUGAUGCACUCAAGCGAUGGAUUGAGGUCAUAGACCAAUAUGACUUCAAGCUUGAGUACCUGAAGAGAGAGUACAACAAGGUUGCAGACGCGCUAUCCCGUAGAGCAGACUACCUAGGUGCGCUAGUUUCUGACUUUGGCAUAUCUAAUGAAGUAACUCAAUCAUUGGUGGGAGCCUAUCAGGAAGACCCUGUCACGAUGGACAUCAUCCGCAAGCUUCAAGCAAAAGACAAGGCCACAGAAAGUGAGAUUGUGAUGGUGGAUGGGUUAAUCUAUCUUGAUAAGGCCGGAGUAAAGAGAUUGGUAGUUCCAUCUAGUGAACAGUUGCGUAGUUUAUUUUUAGGAGAAUGUCAUGUCGCAACUGGGCAUUUUGGCUACAAGAACACGAGUGCAAACUUAGUACAGCGAUUUUGGUGGCCCAGAAUGUUAGAUGACGCAAAGAAGUAUGUUGAGACCUGUCAGGUCUGUCAGCAGGACAAGCCGAGAACUCAAGCACCGCUUGGGUUAUUGAAGCCUUUACCCAUUCCUGAUGGUCCAGGAUUGAGUGUUUCCAUGGAUUUCAUGGACACCCUAGUGACCAGCAAGAGUGGUAAGAGGCACAUUUUCGUCAUCAUUGACAAAUUCACCAAGUACGCUAGACUAAUACCAAUGCUAGAGACAGCCAGGACGGAGUAUGUCAUCAAGUUGUUCAAGGACAACUGGGUAAGGGACUUUGGUUUACCAAAGACCAUCAUUAGUGACCGAGACGUCCGCUUCACAAGUGAAUUGUGGAAGAGGACUGCAGAACAGAUGGGCAGUCAACUUCAAAUGACUUCAGGGAAUCAUCCCGAAGCCAACAGACAAGCCGAACAAAUGAACAGAGUGGUACAACACUUGCUGCGGCAUUACAUCAAGCCCAACCAAGAUGAUUGGGAUGAGCAGUUUCCUCUCAUCGCCAGCUUGUACAACAAUGCUAUUCAUAGUAGUACCGGUGUUAGUCCUAACCAGUUGCACUUGGGAUGGAAGCCUAGAUCAGCACUAGACUUCCUCCUACCUGAAAACCGACCUGCUGCAACUCCAGGCACACUUGAAUACGGUAUGCAAUAUGAGAAGUUGCUGCGCUAGGCUGUUGAACAUAUGAAGAAAGCUCAGCAAGCCAUGAUUGCUUCUGAGAAUCAACAUCGCAGACAGUC